UUAGUUAUAAUUUUUUAUUUUAAACAAAAAAGGGGAAAUGUGGUUGAUAUAUUGUGCACUCCAAUAAACUUAUCUGGGGGUCAGAGAACAGAAUGUCCACUAUAUUAAACAUAGAGGUUAGGCAGUGGUAGCACACGCCUUUAAUCCUAGCAUUCUGGAGGAAGAGAUCCAUCUGGAAUCUCUGAGUUCAAAGCCACACUGGAAACACCCAGGCAUGGUGACACACGCCUUUAAUCCCAGGAAGUGAUGGCAGGAAGCAGAAAGGUAUAUAAGGCGUGAGGACCAGGAACUAGAGCUGGUUAAGCUUCAGGCUUUCGAGAAGCAGUUCAGCUGAGAUCCAUUCGGAUGAGGACUCAGAGGCUUCCAGUUUGAGGAAACAGGAUCGGCUGAGGAAUUGGCGAGGUGAGGUUGGAUGUGGCUGGUUCUGUUUCUCUGACCUUUCAGUGGUCAACCCAAUACCUGGCUCUGGGUUUGUUUUUAUUAAUAGACCUUUUAAGAUUCGUGCUAUGGAGGACGGGGUGCAUCCCAGAGUGUAGUAUGAAGGUUAAAAGACAAUCUCACGGAGUUGGUCCUCUCCUCUUACUUUCGUGAUCUGAGGACUGAAUUUAGGUCCCCAGAGUUGUUCAGGGAGUGGCUCUACCCACUGAACUAUCUUGCCUGGUGUCUUUUGUUUUGUUUUACUGGUCCUUUUAAGUUUAUAGGUUUGCAGCCAGAGAGAUGGCGCAGUGGGUAAAGGCUUCUGCCACCAAUACCGACAACCUGAGUUCCAUCCCCGGUACUUACUUGGUGGGAGGAGAGAAACCAGGCUUUCCAGCCUGCUCCACCCAGCAUCUUCACAGUUUCCUGCCUAUCACUAGCCGGGGGAAAGGAUCCAACUGAAUGUGUCUGGCUUGCCCACCACUGUACAGUCAAAAUAUCAUGAGUCAAACCAUCCUUCCGUGCAGGACCAUCUGUAUUUAUGGUUGAAGUGACAGCGUGGCUGGGGUUUGUUUGGGAGAGUCUGGCGGAGGUGGGAGAAAACGACGUGGCCUGAAAUGAAAUAAGAGAUAAGUGCUAGUGGGAACUGAGCCUAAGUGGUGAUGCACAGCUGUCAUCCCAGCAUGCGGAAGACUGCGGCAGGAGGCUGGAAAGCUACGGGACAGCCUGGGUUACAGAAAGACCCUGUUUGUGCGUGCGUGCGUGCGUGCAUGCGUGCGUGAUAUAAACAUAGUAUAACAGAAAUGUAUGUGUGUAUAUGUGUGUGUCGGUCAUAUAUGUGGCUUUUCCUUCCACCAUGUGGGUCCCAGGGAUUGAAACUCAGAUCUGAAGGCUUAGUAACAAGCACCUUUUCCUGCUGAGCGGUCUCAACAGCCCAGUAUUUUAAUGAGUUAGACUCCCUGUCACAUUGUUACAGCACUAUACUGAUUCAUCAGACAAGGUCUCAGGUAGCCCAGAAUAGACACGAACCUGACAUGUAGCUGAGGAUGACCUUGAACUCCUGAUCCUCUUUCCUCUAUUUCCUAAGAGCUGGGAUAACAAGUGUACACCACUAUGCCAGACUUUGCUCUUUUGAAUCUCAGUUUUAUGAGACAGGGUUCUGCUACGGUGCUCGGUUUGGUCUGGAAUUCACUACACAGCUAAGCUGGCCGUGAACUCAUAGUCUUCUACUGAGCUCCUAUGUAUUGUUAGAACUGCAGGCUUGAACCACCAAACUUUUGUAGAAUACCUUCUUAGAGUGAUGAAACACCAUGACCAAAAGCAACUUGGGGAGUGUGGGGAUAGAUUGUGUAUCAAAUAAAGCUUGUCUGAGGAUCAGAAAACAGAACAAGCCACUAGAUUAAACAUAGAGGCCAGGCAGUGGUGGCACAAACCUUUAAUCCUAGCACUCAUGAGUCAAGAGAUCCAUCUGGGUCUCUGUGAGUUCAAAGCCACCCUGGACUACCUGAGAUUGAAUCAGUCUAGGAGAGAAACAGAGCCAGGGAGUGGUGGCACACACCUUUAAUCCCAGCACUUGAGAUCUCACGCCUUUGCUUGGAAAGCACACACACCUUUAAUCCCAGGAAGUAACAUGGCAGGGCAGAGAAAGGUAUAUAAGGCGUGAGGAAACAGAACUAAGGACUUUUCGGCAGAAGCAUCCCUUUCAGCUAGAAGCCUUUUCAGGUAAGGAAGCCCAUUCGACUAAAGGCUUUUUCGGCAGAGACCUUUCGGCUAGAGAGUCCUUUUGGCCAAGGAUGCAGAGGCAAACAGUCAGAGGAUCCGUGGAGUUGGCGAGGGGAGACGUGUCUGUGGCUUGUUACUUUGUCUCUCUGAUCUUUCAGCAUGUACCCUAAUGUUUGGCUUUGUUUUUGUUUGUUUGUUUUUAUUCUGAGACCGUUUAGAAUUCGAACACCAGUUUGAAGAGUAAGUCCAUUUCAAGAGCACUCGGACUGUGGCUUAUUCCAAAAAGCCACUUGCGGCCUGAGAAAUCACCCAGCAUGCCUAAUCAGGGAGACGACUGCUAUUUUUACUUCUACUCUACAUGCACCAAAGGCGACAGCUGCCCAUUCCGUCACUGUGAAGCGGCGCUAGGAAAUGAAACUGUUUGCACACUCUGGCAAGAAGGCCGCUGUUUUCGACGGGUGUGCAGAUUUCGCCACACGGAAAUUGACAAAAAACGAAGUGAAAUUCCUUGUUAUUGGGAAAACCAGCCAACGGGGUGUCGAAAAAUACACUGUGCUUUCCAUCACAAGAGAGGUCGUUACAUUGAGGGACUGUUCCGACCUCCAAGCAAAACGGUGUUGCCCCCAGGGCCUGAGCUGCAAGAGGUAAAGGCUACCCAGCUCACAGAUGGACAGAACAAACUGUGGGUCCCGUCUAAUCCCUCCCCUCAACUGCGGCCUGUAACGGAAGCAGCAAGCUCAGGAAGUGUUCCGAGGCCCCCGCAUCCACCCAUUGUAAUCAAUCUUGCCGAAGAUGAUGCAGACGAUGAUGAUCAGUUUUCCGAGGAGGACGAUGGAAGCAAAACACCUGCCCUGCAACCAGCUCCUGAGGUUCAUAAUGGAAUACGAGUGGCUUCUGCCCGGAAACCCGGAGUCAGUUUAAAGCAAGGUGAAUGUUUGAAUUUUGGAAUAAAAACUCUUAAGGAAAUGACAUCAAAGAAAAUGGAGGAAAAAUCCAAGAGGCAAGGUGAAAGCUCCUCGGGAGUUCCCACAGCUUCUUCUCACCCUCAGCCCAAUUCAGGCCCUGGGAAGGAGAAUGUCUGGGCUGUGAUGAGGACAGUAACUCUAGCCAGCAGACAAGAAGAGCCCUUGGUUAGGUUGCCUCUCACUGAGAGACUGGGGAAACGAAAAUUCUCAGUAGAUGGCGACAGUGGUCCCCCCUUAAAGCGAAGCCUUGCACAGAGACUGGGAAGAAAGGCUGCAGAAAACAACACUGAUCAAGCACCAAGGAAAGAGAGACUUAACAAAGCCGGUGAGAUCCAUGUGAAGCCACUGGAAGAAAUCCUUCUUGAAAGAGCCGGUCGGAAACGUGGGGAAGUGCAAACCACACUGAAGACACAAGAACCUUCCCGGACUGACGAGUCUCCACCAGGAGCCAAAAGCUCUUCCUCAGUGCCGAUCAAAACCUUCUCCGAGGUCCUGGCUGAAAAGAAACAUCGGCAGCAGGAAGUGGAGAGACAGAAAUCCAAAAAAGAUACAAGUUGCCCCAUGUCGACAGCAGAUACUGACGUGAAGAAGACAAUGAGCCCGUUCCCUGUCGCUGUCAGCAAGGGACAACCCGAGGAGCCUGCGGGAAGAGCCACGUCUAUGCAGGGGGUGCAUAUGAAGACUCUAGAGGAAAGCUCUGAGAUACAGGUAAGCUCUAAGAGCAGUGCCAGCUCCUGGCCUCAAGCCGAGGCUAUCCCGGGGGCAAAGAGUCUGCUCAGCAUCGCCCAAAGAGCAGGUGCAAAAGAAGAGGAAAACAUAUUUGAGCUCGAAGACAGUGACACUGCUUCUCAGAGCAGUGUGACUAAGACAGAGACUAAUGAGGCUUCAGAUGAGACCGUAAGUGAUAGCACGAAGAUUCCAGCCAAUAGAUGUGGCACUGUCAGAGAGAAACAGACUGAGAAAGGACAGGAGACAGGCACCUCACAGAAGGAGAAGCCAGCCUUGACACCUGUCCUGGGAGACCGAGACUUGUACUAUACCUGAGUGAUGGGGAAGCCAGCGCUCACUGUUAUGUGGGGAUACAUUGUGUACCCUAAUAAAGCUUGCCUGAGUGUCGGGGACUAGGGGGGUCCAGCCCUCCACAGGCCCCUCCCAGGGUCCUGGAAGAAUCUACAACCAGAUGAUAAUUAAUCUUUGAUGAAAGGAAAUGAAUCUAUGUACACGAAACUCCUUAGUCCAUACACUUUAUUAUUCUAUGAUGGUUCUCUCUCUACACAGCUUCUAUUCUGCUCUCAAGCCUAGCUCCUUUCUUGCCUGAUUUCUCUCUAUAUUUAUCUACUGCUCCCUCUAAGUUCUAUCUUAAUUCUCUCGUCUUAAUUCUGCCUCAUGUAGGCCCUUCUCAUCUUGUUACCCAGCUAGUACUUCCCCAUCUGACUCUUCCUCAUCUUCCAUCUCGUCCACAUGUUCUCUCUGGUCAAAAUCCUCCUUAUCCCUCUCAGUUCUCCGUCCUCAAGUUCUCCACUCCUCUCUUCCUUCCGUCUCCUUAUACCUCUAAGUUCUAUUCUAAGUCUCCCAGGAAUCCAGUUAUAAACCCAAGCCAUAGCAAUCCCCUGGUCGAGCAAGGUCACCAGGCUUGAAUUCUACGGGGUCAUAAAGGUAGGUAAGAGUUUUCCUUCUUAGGGAAAAAUCAAUUGGGAAAACUAUGAAGGCACACAUGAUUUUCAUAACAGAAUACAGCUGAUCUAUAACAAGCCAAAUAACACCAAAAGCAGGCCUCCAUGACAAAUUCGGUUCAGUCCUUUCCUGCCAUCAUGGAAGAAACUCCUCAGAGCAAUUAAAGAACCUAAU